AUCCAGGCCACUUGUGUGAACAUCCUGUGAAUACGACGCCGUAUCAACGGAAACAUUGUGGAUUUGAUUUCUGCGAAUAGCGUGUGUGAAGUGAAGGGAUGAAGCUAUCUCUUGCAGGGUUUCGAAGUUCGUUGCCAUUUUCUGGCUUAAUUAGGGAACUUGAGAAAGAUGUAGAAACUGUUAUUAAGGUGCUACAACCUGGACCUUUAGGAAUCACAGAGCAUAAGUUUUCUACCGAUGAGAUUCGUAAUGCUAAUGUUACAGUCGCCAAAGCAGUAGCUAAUUGGCGAAGAAAUGCAAUCCUUCAGGACAAUAAUCAUAUUUUGAAAGACUAUAUUCACAAGUGAAGGUUACAAAUUAGAACAUUUUGGCAAACCAAGUUGAUGAAACCUCUAUUUAUGGCCUUCUAUACUGAUUUCAGUUCUGCUCUGAAAUUUUGAUCUGAGCUCAAAAUUGCCCUCUCUAAUAAUUUGUGAACAUGAAGAUGUUUAAUGUUGUAAAUGUUGGUUAUUGAUAAUAAGUUUGCUGAAUGCAAGUUAAUAUUAUCUUAA